AUGCAUAUCUCUCAAGAUUCCAAUGAUGGGUUUGCAAAGAAAUGUGCCAAAAUCAAGGUCAUGUCCGCCAUGAUGGACGCUUACAACGGGGCUCAUACGGCCAGUGCUACUUUGGGAAAUAGUCAUCAUGCUAAACUUGGCUGUCCUAAAACCCCGUCUUGA